GUCUGAGAAUUUCUGUGUCUCAUAUUUGAUCGGACACUACAAUAUUAUCUUAUCACGGUGAUAAAUGAUUCAGUAAAAUAAUACUUGACCGCAGUGGUUGCGUGGGAAAGAGUAUGUUCGAGGGCGAUGUUGACACCUGGAAUUUAAUGCAGUGAGAGCUCUUCGCUCUUCCGCAUAUCAUGACACAACCUAGCUUGUCCUCUCGUCCACACCGUUAGCCUAUCUCUGCUGGUCGAUCCAUUCAUUGACGAGAGUGAGUGACCACGGAGGCAGCUACAUGUUGCAGAUGAGAUAACAUUAAACUUUGGAUGUCUGGGCUGGUUGUGUAAGCCAGCGAUGCGGUCACCUGUGGACGAUGUUAGCUUUGGUCAGCAGCUCCCUAGUUUGACGCUACAGUUCGCCGUAUGUGCCGCACAAACGGACUUUAACGUCACCUCGACAGCAGCGACUCUCUGAUGCUCCGAGGUGACCCCGACUCUAGCCUGUAGCUGAGAGAAAGAGAAACCUCCUCUGACAACCUCCUCGACACUAUGGCCCCACACCCGGUGGUGCAGGCCAUCAUUGACCUCUCUGCAGGAGCCGUAGGGGGAGCUGCAUGUGUCUUCAGUGGGCAACCGUUGGACACAGCAAAGGUCAAGAUGCAGACCUUUCCUACCAUGUACCGGGGUUUUAUCCACUGCAUCACGUCCACCUACAAACAAGUGGGCCUGCGUGGGCUCUACCAGGGCACCACGCCGGCACUGAUGGCCAACAUUGCCGAGAACUCUGUGCUGUUUAUGAGCUACGGCUUCUGCCAGCAGGUCAUCCGCUUCACGGCUGGACUGCACAGUGAAGCUGUGCUGAGUGACAUGCAGAAAGCCUGUGCUGGCUCAGUAGCAUCCAUCUUCUCCUCGCUGGUACUCUGCCCCACUGAGCUUGUCAAGUGUCGGCUGCAAGCCAUGUAUGAGAUGGAGGCAUCAGGAAAGAUAGCUAAGAGCCAGAACACAGUGUGGUCGGUGGUGAAAUCCAUCAUGAGGAAUGAGGGACCGCAGGGCUUCUUCCAGGGCCUGACCACCACCAUAGCCAGAGAAGUCCCCGGCUACUUCUGCUUUUUCGGUGCCUACGAGUUCUCCCGCUCUGCCUUUGCAGACUACAUGAAAUGUGACAAAGACGACAUAGGUGUGGCUCCAAUAGUGUUCAGCGGUGGUCUCGGGGGGGCGUGCCUGUGGCUGGUGGUCUAUCCGAUGGACUGCGUCAAGUCUCGGAUCCAGGUGAUGUCUAUGACGGGCAAACAGGCCGGGUUCUUCAAAACCUUCAUGACCAUCGCGCGUGCUGAAGGUAUGAGGGCGCUAUACUCGGGUCUCACUCCCACCAUGAUCCGCACAUUCCCUGCAAACGGAGCUCUUUUCCUGGGUUACGAGGCCAGCCGCAAGCUCAUGAUGAAACAGUUUGAUUGACAAAAUAUGCCUAAACACAAAUGAAGGAGCGGUGAAAUGGAGGCAAGUAUUACAGCCAUACGACCCAGUCCAAACAUAAGUCGAAGCUUUGAAGCUCAUUAUGUUUGGGGUCUGGUUUUUUCGCUAUCUGCUGCUUUUUGCUAAGCUCACCUAAAAACUACCACACUCCAUCUCUCAAUGUCUGACGCGGUAAUUAUUUUAAAUCCUACUAUUAAAAUUGAUUAAUUUAGAUUUUUUUUAGAUUUACAUAGUUUUUUUUUUCAACACUCUGAAAAUGCUACUGCCGUCAUACAACAUACGUAUAUUUCAUAUGUAUGAUAUAGUAUGUGAAGCACAGUACUGAACCACUUUGAGCAGUCUUGACAUGAGAGACUCUGGACACUCCACCCCUGUUUUACGUCUACCUCAACAAAGUAGUGUUCGCACAAAUGCGUUUCUCUGCCAGUCAUUUAAAAUCAGUCUUUACUUGCUCCAUCAACAGCUGUAUGGGUAAGAAAAGCACUCCGUUAGGCUCAUUGCUUAAAGAUUUUUAUUAUAAACUGUGUAGUGGCAUAUUCUAAUUCUUCUCAGCUGCCUAAGACGUCUUGUAAUGGCUGGUGUUUUCAAACAUGGAAUCACUCUCAGCUAAAAAUAUGUCUUUUUUAUGUAUGAAAUGUUUUUAACAAACACACUAUGAUAUUAGAUAACUUGCAUUAGGCAGCUUUAGAUUUCAAACAGCCUUGACUGAGGUCUUACAGGUAUCAUCGAAAUAAACAUCGAACACAGCCAGCAGAUGUUUUAUAUUUGAGUCAAAUCUUAUUUUCCAUCUUACUGACUGUUUUUGUAUUACCAUGUUAUAUUCCACAAGUUUUGGAAUCCAUUGUUUUGCCUUUUAAACCACUGCAUUUUGCCUUUUUUGUUGUGAGAAAAUGUCAACUGCCUACUGUAAUGUGCCAUUUGCACAGUGCAUUCCCUGUGCAGGGUUGUUCUUCGCUUAGAAGACUGCAGCACAGAAUCCUGAGUCAUAUUCAUUUAAUGGUAAUUGGGAAAUGUAGGUAUUUUAGAAAGCUAACAAUUUAAGAUGACACUGAAAUGUUUGUAUAAAUAUCAAUCCUGAUAUUUCCUGUACAUCCUACAUGCAUACAACCUGCAUUAAAGGUGUCGUUUAGGAAUAAC